GUGCUUGAGGCUGAAGAAUCACAAAGCAGAGGUCAACGCCAUUCCGCGCGCGCUCUGAGAUGUACAACAUCACUGCACAGAGGCAGAUCGCCCGGAGAGAGUUGAAAGAGGGCCUCGACGGAAACAAGUCCUGGCACCAUCAGUACAAGGACUCUGCGUACAUCUAUGUUGGAGGUUUGCAUGAAGGCCUCACGGAGGGCGACAUCGUGGUGGUCUUCUCCCAGUUCGGGGAGGUGGUGGACUGCCACCUGGUCCGCGACAGGACCACCGGCAAGUCCAAGGGCUUUGCCUUCGUGUGCUACGACGACCAGCGCAGCACCGUGUUGGCUGUGGACAACAUGAACGGCUUCUCGCUGCUGAAGCGGACCAUGCGCGUGGACCACGUGGACAAGUACAAGGCCCCCAAGCAGUUCGACGAGAACAACCUGGACGAGAACGGGGACCCCAAGCUCAUUCCGUAUCAAGCCUCGGGGGCGGAAGGCCAGGGGUACCAGGUGUACAACGUCCUGGAGAGCCAGAAGAAGAUCGUGGCAUCGAUGGAUGCGCGGAAGAAGCACAUCGAGGAUCGGAAAGCCAAGGAGGCGCCGGAGGACGAGGACGAAGCCUGGGCCAGGUCCUUUGAGGAGAAUCUCCAGGAUAUCAAAGAGGAUGAGAAGGAGAGGAAGAGGCAGAAGAAACUGAAGAAAGACAAGAAGGAGUUGAAGCGCAUGAAGAAGGAGGCCAAGCAGCUCAAGAAACAGGCAAAGAAGGUCAAGAAGGAGGCCAAGCGCAAGGCUGAUGACAAAGUGAAGAAAGAGGUCAAGAAGGAGCCCAAGAAGGAGCCCAAGAAAGAGACCAAGAAAGCAAAGAGCGAAAGCAGUGACGACUCGGAUUCCGAAAGCAGCUGA